UUGUGCAUAUCUUGUUUCAAUCAAUCCUGUGCAGCGGACAGAUCACCGCCCGCGCCGCCCCACCCCGCCAAACGACACAACCACCAACGGCCAAGCUUGCCGACGACUGCUAAGCCACUUGCCGUCAUCCGACAACAUCUCUCCAGCAAACUCCAAGAUCUGCUGCCCGUUGUCACAUUCCACUACACCACCCGCUUGAGCACACCAACCCGGCACGCCGCCAUUUUGUGAGAAGAUAACGCCGCCGAGAUGAGUUGGAAGGGCUUCCAGAAGACGGUGACGAGGGCACCGCAAACGAUCAAGCAAAAGUUCAACAUGGGCGAUAUCACCAAAGAUGCCAUCUACAUCGACGCCGAGCGCCGCUUCGCCGACCUAGAACGCGAGACGAAGAAGCUCCACGAUGAAUCGCAAAAGUACUUCGAAGCUAUCAACGGCAUGCUCGACCACCAAAUCGAGUUCUCCAAAGCCUGCGCCGAGAUCUACAAGCCCAUCUCCGGUCGCGCCUCGGACCCAGACUCCUAUGUUAUAGACGGCAACCCGGAAGGCAUAAGAGCAUGCGAGGAAUACGAGAAUAUUGUGCAAGAAUUGAAAGCGAGUCUGCAACCCGAGCUCGAAAUGAUCGAGUCCCGCAUCGUCAAGCCCGCCGACGAACUCAUGGAAAUUAUCAAGGUCGUGCGUAAAGCCACUGUGAAGCGCGACCACAAACAACUCGACUACGAUCGACAUAACGCCACGCUCAAAACGCUUCAAGACAAGAAGGACAAGUCCCUCAAGGACGAAAAAGCCCUCUAUCGUGCGGAAAACAACGUCGAGCAAGCCACACAAGAAUACGAGUACUUCAACAACCUCAUCAAAGAAGAGCUCCCUCAACUCUUCCGCCUGGAAAAAGAGUUCAUUGGUCCUCUUUUCCAGUCGCUCUAUUACAUGCAACUCAACGUCUUCUACACACUCCACGAGAAAAUGCAAUCCAUCGACAUUGGCUACUUCAACCUCACUCUAGACAUUGAAGAGGCUUUCGAAGCCAAACGCGGCGACAUCCAGCAGCAAGUCGAAGCCCUGGGCAUGACGAAAUUCAAGACCACCGGCGGACCUCGCAGACCGUUGAAGUACGGCCCUGGAGGCACUAAGAUGCUCGAGAAUGGCAAGCCUGGCGGCCGAUUAGCGAUCGAAGACGGUUCAGCGAGUGCCUCCCCUGCUCGCCGGUUCAGCUCCGACUCCAACGCGGCUCCACCCGCAUACACCGCCAGCAGCGCUUACACGGAUUCCAAAGAUCUCGGUCGGGCGAACUCUACAGGCAGCAAUUGGGCAUCCGCCGCAAAAGCUAAAGCCGCGCCUCCUCCUCCAAAACCGAAGCCUUCGAAAUUGAGUGCGGUUCCUGGUGUUGAGACUGUGACGGCAUUAUACGACUACGAAGCCCAGGCGGAAGGCGAUCUGUCGUUUACUGCUGGCGAGACGAUUGAAAUUGUGUCGAGAACGGAUAAUGUGAAUGAGUGGUGGAUAGGAAAGGUAGCAGGACGGCAAGGGCAGUUUCCGGGGAAUUAUGUGCAGGUCCACUCAUAG